GAAGGAACGCUCUUCUAAAGAGAUACAGACAAACAGCUACAAAUAUUUUCUUUUAUAAAAAAAAAAAAAAGAAAGAAAGAAAAAGAGUCUACAGAAGAAGGAAAAGUAAAGAAGAGAUGUGAAGAGAGAGCGACUUAUGUAAAUCAGCGCUACUAAGAAGUGACGCGUGUCCAUUAGCCAGCUGUAUCCCAACCUCCUUCCCCUUUCCUGCUCUUCUCUACAAUCCAAUCGGUGCUCCUUAUUAACUCCCCCUCUCACCGGCUCUACCAGUAACCAACCUCCUUCCUUUAUAUAUAAAACUCUCCCCCUUUCCUCUCCUAUAUAUUUCUCCUUGCACAGCUUCGCCCUCUUCUCUGUCCCUCUCUCUCUCCCUCUAUUAAAACCAAAAAAACUAAAUCAAACGAAGAAUCCAUAAAGAUCACUGUUAUUAUAACAACUAUCAAAAUACCGUUUUUGUUUCUUUAAAUGGCAGUUACUGGAAAGGAAGUGGAUCGGAUCAAAGGUCCAUGGAGCCCCGAAGAAGACGAUGCCUUACAAAAGCUUGUUCAGAAACACGGCCCAAGAAACUGGUCUUUGAUAAGCAAAUCAAUUCCAGGGAGAUCAGGUAAAUCGUGCCGUCUACGCUGGUGCAACCAGCUCUCUCCGCAAGUUGAACACCGAGCGUUUACGCCAGAAGAAGAUGAAACCAUUAUCAGAGCUCACGCGCGUUUCGGCAACAAGUGGGCCACAAUCGCCCGCCUGCUUAACGGCCGUACGGAUAACGCCAUUAAGAAUCAUUGGAACUCUACUCUUAAGAGGAAGUGUUGCUCGCUGGACGAAGGGUAUGACGGUAAUUUAUGUUGCAGUAAUAAUAAUAACAAUAAUAAUGAUAGUCUUAUUAACACUCAGCCGUUGAAGAGAUCGGUGAGUGCGGGAUCAGGUGUGCCUGUUUCUACUGGAUUAUAUAUGAACCCAGGUAGUCCAUCUGGAUCUGACGUCAGCGAUUCGAGUUACGUUCCUGUUUUUACUUCUUCGCCACAUGUGUUUAGGCCCGUCGCUAGGACUGGGGGUGUUGUUUCUUUUGUUGAAGCGACGUCGUCGUCUAAUGAUAAUAAUAAUAAUAAUAACAUUAGCGAUGACCCACCUACUUCCCUGAGUUUAUCUCUUCCCGGUGUAGAUUCAUCGGAGGUUUCUAACCGUGUCGCCGAGUCGACUCCGGUAAGAGUGCCCGACUCGACUACAAUAUCUCUGAUGCCGGUAAUGAAUCAGGUGCCAUCUCCGGCAACGGCGGCAGCUGUGCAGCAGGGAGGAUCGGCAAAUAGUGGAGGAUUUAUGGGGUUUACUACGGAGUUUAUGGCGGUGAUGCAGGAGAUGAUAAGGAAGGAGGUGAGGAAUUACAUGAUGGAGCAGAGCGGCGGUGGCGGUAUGUGUUUUCAGGCGGCGGGUGGAGAUGGGUUUAGGAAUGUUGUUGGGAUGAAUAGGGUUGGGGUUAGUAAAAUUGAGUAGGGGAUGGUAAACGAGUCGGUAAAAGUGAAAAAUGAACAGAGUAGAGAGAGAGAGAGAGAGAGAGAGGGAGGGAGGGAGAAAACUUGGCCUUUGUUUUUUCUCUUUUUGGUUAGGGAAUAAUUUUGGGCAUUGUACAGUUGAGACAGAGAGAUAGAGCAGAGGGAGGUAAAAGUGAAGGAAACUGAUAGGUUUCCAAUUUGGAUGCGAAGAAUGUUUUGACAGGGUAAAAAAACGAAGAGAUGUAACUGGAUUUGAUGAUUGGGGAGGGAAGUGAGAAAGGGGAAAAAAAAAAAAAAGAAUCCAACUUUUACCUGUUUCUGGCUCUGGUUCUUAAUCAGGGAACUAAAACUUGCAAGAAAGAUCUGUUAAAAAAGUAAAUGAAAAAAAAAAAAAAAAAAAUCCUUUCAAAUUUAA